CAAGCUCUUGCUGUCAUUUCCCCUUCCAAACAUCCCUGAGCCACCAAAGAAGUAUUCCAUGGAUCAAAGUAAGGAAGGUUCCAAGACAACCGAGGGUGCAACACUGCAGCAGGUGCUAAAGAAGUGGAAGAAGCUCGCUGCUGCACCGAAGGACAACAGCAAGAAGAGCAUUAAGUUCCUGAAGAAGACGCUCUCCUUCUCCAACGCCUGGGCGCAGUCCACCGGUGUCCCCAAGGGGUUCCUUGCAGUAUGCGUGGGAGAGGAGAUGAAGAGGUUCGUCAUCCCGACCGACUACCUGCAUCAUGAGGCCUUCCAAGUCCUGCUUAGAGAAGCGGAGGAGGAGUACGGGUUCCGACAGGAAGGUGUGCUGAGGAUACCGUGCCAGGUUGCUGCAUUCGAGAGGAUACUGGAGAUGGUGCAGAAGAAGAAGGAAGGGUUCUGCUACAUCAGUCCGGAGGUUGAGGCUGAGAUGGCGAUGUACCAUCUCCCUCACAAAAUGAUGUGCAGAUGAACAGUAGAAUUCACAGGAAACAAGAUCUCAUUUGCUUGUUUUCUUGAACUCCUCCAUGGAGCUUGUAUUUGAGUAGCUUGAGUUGUAAUAAACAUGGAGAGCGUUGUAGUUUCUGAACGAGAUAGAGGUUGGCACAAAGGAAGCGAUGUGUGUAUCAUAUGAUGCUUUGCUGAGAGAACAUGAAUCAUAAUAGCACUAAAUUUCUGCUCUU